AUAAAAGCACGAGGCAGUUUUUGAACAAAGACAAUUGAACAAUCUGGAAGUACAACAAGUGUUACUUUGAAAUAUAUCUUGAGAAAAUUUUGGAAAACAAGCCGUUUCAUCGCUGUAUCUAUCAAUUCUAACCGAGAUGGCAGAGGCACUAUCACCGUCACCAGAGUGUGCAACAUGCGAAAGGAAAAAAUCAUUGAUAAUUACUUGCGAGAGUAAACAACACACUUUCUGCAAGCGUUGUGUGACAACCUGUCUUGAGUCAUACAUGACAGCAAAGAAUGCGAAAGGUGGAUUGAUAGCCGGGUUAACCUGUCCUUUGGAGGAAGCUUGUGGCUCGCGGCUUGAGUCAUUCCUUCUACAAGACAUUGUGGGUCAGCUUCCUAAUGACCGAGGUGUUGUUGUUAAACAGCUCAGAGGGCGCAGAAACUCUGCUGUCACUUGCCAAAACCACCAAUGUCCGUUCAUGUUUUACCAUCAUGAGCGCACCGAUUUUGAAGUUCUCUUCACAACGUGUCCCGGAUGUCGUGAAGCCUACUGUCUCACGUGCAAGAGCCGCCUUAGCUCCCAGGGCUUUCGCGACCACAUUUGUCCAAUCAACGAAGAUGACGAAAUCACUGACAAGGACAUUAGCCGAGGACUACUUGAAGCACUCACUGGGACUUUAUCGAUACCGUGUCCCAGCAAGCAUUGCCAGUCGUCUGAUCAGGACGAACAUCUGGUAGCGAAAGAACCGGCGGAUUGUAACGCCGUCAAGUGUGACAGAUGUCGACGAUUCUUCUGUUACAUUUGCUUAAAAGACCUGGGCACGAAAAGGCAAGAAGCACACAACAGAUUCCCGCACAGAAAUAUUAAGAUGGCAGACGCUCCACGGUGUUGGCUUUUCGACGACGAGCAACAAGGUCAAACUGAAAGUGAAGCGCUGCAAAUUCGACAAGUCAUUGCUGUCAUGGAAUUCAUGUCCUCACUUGCAAUUAGCAACGAGAGAAAAGCAACUGUGCUGAAUCAAAAUCGUGAGUGGCUUGGGGAGGAUAACUUUGCUUACUUGACAAAGAGGAACCACCUAAAGAGAAAUGACAGAUGCGUCUUCAUGUAAACUUUAAAAUUUGUGAUCUUUAUCUUUAUCUUUACGCAGUAAUCCAAUGGAAACACGAUUGAUUGAUUGAUUGAUUGAUUGACGACUGUUUCUGUCAGGAGCCCAUCACGAGGAGCGUGCAACUCCCAUACUAAGCUUAUGACACAGCAUUUUUAAGACCCGUUCAUUUUUAGGCUUCUUUUCCCGCGAAAUAGAUCAGUUCCGGUCUGUAUGAGCGCGCAUCGGUAAGGAAAAAAAAUGGCAGUUUUUCUUUUUAAUCUUCCUUUGAAAUGAUGACGUCAGUUAAAA